GUUUCAACUUAUACAAAUCAACCUAUUUGUGAUUUCUGAAGAAAACCUCUUGUCCAAAAUGCCUGUUACAGCGAUCAACUCGUAAGUGCCGUCAAAAACAUUCUCUGCGACUGCAUUGCUCAGUGCUAAUGUCUGCAAUGCGGUAGGCACGAUGAAUUCACGAAGAUCGUGAACAGUGGUGACUUUGUUAUCAUUGACUUCUGGGCGACUUGGUGUGGACCUUGCCGAAUGAUAUCGCCUAUUUUCGAGAAACUAUCGGACCUUCCGGAUUUCAGUCAUGUCAAAUUCUAUAAAGUCGAUACCGAUGCACAAGAGCAAAUUGCUGAGGAGGUUGGUAUACGUGCAAUGCCAACCUUUAUGCUGUUUAAAGACGGCAAUAAAAUUGAUGGCCUUACUGGGGCCAAUCCCUCAGCUUUACAAGCACUUGUUCAGAGAGCAAUCACUUCCUAAAGCAUAAGGGGAGAAAGACAAAUUUGCCGCUGCUACUGCAUGGGAUCGCUUGGAGGGCAGAAGGGAGCCUGUAUAUACUUCGAAAUUAUUCCAUCAGACAUCCCACUGAAACUGGCU